AUGCCCAAAAUUCCAAAUUCAAAACUUGCAUCAAUUAGAAAAUGGAUUGAGCCGUACAAUAUUUCUGGUGAGGUUUUCAAAAUAUUAAAUAAUACAACAGUUUUCUGUCAAAAUUGUCAAAAAUCAGUAACAGCAGAAAAAAAAUUUCAAAUUGAUCAACAUAAAUGUUUAAACAAAUCUUCUUCUAAACAAACCUUUGUUCAUGAAGCAUCAACAUCCAUAGAAAAUCAAUCACAAUUUUUCAAAGAACUUUGUAAUACAUUAAUUUCUUCAAUCAUACCUUUACAUAAAUUACAAAAUAAAAACUUUAAAUCUUUUUUGGAAAAGUACACAAAAAACAUAUACCAGAUGAAAGUAUAUUAA